UGACCGCCAGCAGAGGAGGCGGGGCGAGGUGCCGCCCAAAUUGGGCGUGGCGGGAAGGACUCGGGAAGGAGGGGAGCCCUGCCCCAGACGGGCUCGGCCCGGGGACCUCAGCAGCAGGUCUGGGCGCAGCACCUAAGACCAGCCACGCUCAGACCAGAAGCGUGGCUGGUCUCCCCAGGUAAACUACGCGGCCCUUCACGAUGUCGCCUCUGGCACGCUCCGCCCAAGACUGGGGUGGUGCGACGAGUUCAGCCCCUCCCGGGUGUCUCCGGCCAGCAGUGCCCCGCGGAGGACCGCAGGAGAGGCCCCGGUGAUCCGCUCUCCGGCCGCAGUCGCGCGUGCCUCAGGCUCCGCCCAGGCGCGGCGCCCGCUCCCCGUCCACUCCCUCCGCAUGCUUGCCGACCGCGCGCGUAACGACGUCGCGCCCGCACCGCUUUGGGCGGAGAGGCAAGGCUCGGACGCCGGGCAGCGGAACUGACGCCAGCGGGCUUCCGGGGGCGGCCCCCGGGGAGGUCGGCGGCUGCGCCGCAGUCGUGGAGGAGCAGUGGGAGCGUAAGCGGCCGCGGGCGACGCAAGUUCCGUACGGGGCUGCCUUCUCCUCGCUUCACGCUUCCUCCUCUCGCCUAGUCGCGUGCUGCUUCCAGACGGCGGCUCUUCUUGACGAGAGCUGUCAGAGCCCAGUUGCUGAGGAGAAGCGGUCGCCAUCCCGCCUCGCGGCCGAGUGAGGGUGCCUGUCGCGCUGCGCCUUCUCCGUGCCCCCAGUGGUGGGCGCCCUUCUCACUCGAAGCACUCUCCCCAGCUCCAUGAAUGGAAAUCGGCUCCGCAGGACCUGUUGGGGCCCAGCCCCUACUCAUGGUGCCCAGAAGACCUGGCUAUGGCACCAUGGGCAAACCCAUUAAAUUGCUGGCUAACUGUUUUCAAGUUGAAAUCCCAAAGAUUGAUGUCUACCUCUAUGAGGUGGAUAUUAAACCAGACAAGUGUCCUAGGAGAGUGAACAGGGAGGUGGUUGACUCUAUGGUUCAGCAUUUUAAAGUAACUAUAUUUGGAGACCGUAGACCAGUUUAUGAUGGAAAAAGAAGCCUUUACACAGCCAAUCCACUUCCUGUGGCGACUACUGGAGUAGAUUUAGAUGUUACUUUACCAGGGGAAGGUGGAAAAGAUCGACCUUUCAAGGUAUCAAUCAAAUUUGUCUCUCGGGUGAGUUGGCACCUACUCCAUGAAGUACUGACAGGACGGACCUUGCCUGAGCCCCUGGAAUUAGACAAGCCAAUCAGCACUAAUCCUGUCCAUGCUGUUGACGUGGUGCUACGACAUCUGCCCUCCAUGAAAUAUACGCCUGUGGGGCGUUCCUUUUUCUCAGCUCCAGAAGGAUAUGACCACCCUCUGGGAGGGGGCAGGGAAGUAUGGUUUGGAUUCCAUCAAUCUGUUCGACCUGCCAUGUGGAAAAUGAUGCUUAAUAUUGAUGUUUCUGCCACUGCCUUCUACAAAGCACAACCUGUAAUUCAGUUCAUGUGUGAAGUUCUUGACAUUCAUAAUAUUGAUGAGCAACCAAGACCUUUGACUGAUUCCCAUCGAGUAAAAUUCACCAAAGAGAUAAAAGGUCUGAAGGUUGAAGUGACUCACUGUGGAACAAUGAGACGGAAAUAUCGUGUUUGUAACGUAACAAGAAGGCCUGCCAGCCAUCAAACCUUUCCUUUACAGCUAGAAAAUGGCCAGACUGUGGAGAGAACAGUAGCACAGUAUUUCAGAGAAAAGUAUACUCUUCAGCUGAAGUACCCGCACCUUCCCUGUCUGCAAGUGGGGCAGGAGCAGAAACAUACCUACCUGCCACUAGAAGUGUGUAAUAUUGUGGCAGGGCAACGAUGUAUCAAGAAACUAACAGACAAUCAGACUUCCACCAUGAUCAAAGCAACAGCAAGAUCUGCGCCAGACAGACAAGAGGAAAUUAGCAGAUUGGUAAGAAGUGCAAAUUAUGAAACAGAUCCAUUUGUUCAGGAAUUUCAAUUUAAAGUUCGGGAUGAAAUGGCCCAUGUAACCGGACGUGUACUUCCAGCACCUAUGCUCCAGUAUGGAGGACGGAAUCGGACAGUAGCAACACCAAGCCAUGGAGUAUGGGACAUGCGAGGGAAACAAUUCCACACGGGAGUUGAAAUCAAAAUGUGGGCGAUAGCUUGUUUUGCCACACAGAGGCAGUGCAGAGAAGAAAUACUGAAGGGUUUCACAGACCAGCUGCGGAAGAUUUCCAAGGAUGCAGGGAUGCCCAUCCAAGGCCAGCCUUGCUUCUGCAAAUAUGCACAGGGGGCAGACAGUGUGGAGCCCAUGUUCCGGCAUCUCAAGAACACCUACUCAGGGCUACAGCUGAUAAUCGUCAUCCUGCCAGGGAAGACACCAGUGUAUGCGGAGGUGAAACGUGUAGGAGAUACACUUUUGGGUAUGGCUACACAGUGUGUUCAAGUCAAGAAUGUAAUAAAAACAUCCCCUCAAACUCUCUCAAACCUGUGCCUAAAGAUAAAUGUUAAACUCGGAGGGAUCAAUAAUAUUCUUGUACCUCAUCAAAGACCUUCUGUGUUCCAGCAACCAGUGAUCUUUUUGGGAGCAGAUGUGACUCACCCACCAGCUGGUGAUGGGAAGAAACCUUCUAUUGCUGCUGUUGUGGGUAGUAUGGAUGCCCACCCAAGCAGAUACUGUGCCACAGUAAGAGUUCAGAGACCCCGACAGGAAAUCAUCCAGGAUUUAGCCUCCAUGGUCCGAGAACUUCUCAUUCAGUUUUAUAAGUCAACUCGGUUCAAACCUACUCGUAUCAUCUUUUAUCGGGAUGGUGUUUCAGAGGGACAGUUUAGGCAGGUAUUAUAUUAUGAACUACUAGCAAUUCGAGAAGCCUGCAUCAGUUUGGAGAAAGACUAUCAACCUGGAAUAACCUACAUUGUAGUUCAGAAGAGACAUCACACUCGAUUAUUUUGUGCUGAUAGGACAGAAAGGUGCUCUGCCCCCAUCCUGAAAACCUUGGAGCAGAGAAAUCUGAAGAUUGUUGGAAGAAGUGGCAAUAUCCCAGCUGGAACCACAGUCGACACAGACAUCACACACCCAUACGAAUUUGAUUUUUACCUCUGUAGCCAUGCUGGAAUACAGGGUACCAGCCGUCCUUCACAUUAUCAUGUUUUAUGGGAUGAUAACUGCUUUACUGCAGAUGAACUUCAGCUGCUAACUUACCAGCUCUGCCACACAUAUGUGCGCUGUACACGAUCUGUUUCUAUACCUGCACCAGCGUAUUAUGCUCACCUGGUGGCCUUCAGAGCCAGAUAUCAUCUCGUGGACAAAGAACAUGACAGUGCUGAAGGAAGUCACGUUUCAGGACAGAGCAAUGGGCGCGAUCCACAAGCUCUUGCCAAGGCUGUACAGAUUCACCAAGAUACCUUACGCACAAUGUACUUUGCUUAAAAAGUCCAAGAAUAUUCUCUGAGAGGAAGAACUGAAAGACGAAUCAACAUACAACGUAUGUUUCCAGUGGAGUCAGUUGAGUGGGGAUGCCUCCAGCCAUACAGACACCAACACUGUGUGGGGACCAGGGUCUGAUUUUUAUGUUGAUACGAGGAAGAUUGUUUACUUCAUCAAGAAACACAGCACCAUUAUGCAAUAUGAAACCAGCCAACUGCUUUUUUGUGCGGUCUUCUGUAGGAAGUAUCGCCAUUAUUUUUGUUUUUACUUUCUUGUAGUCUAACCCUUUUAAUGCCUUUACCUCAAGUUGCUUGGCAGCACAACUAUCUUUGCAAAAAAAAAGUGAAGAAAAGUCAAUGAUGGUUUAAAGAAUACACCUACAUGAAUAAUCAAAGUGAUUGUUCAAAUUAUGUGUGCAAAAAAAUUAAUGUGCGUUUGUGUAUUCUUGUAAAAGGUAUCUGUGUAUAUUUUAAAUAUACACAUGUAUAUUUCAUAUGCAUAUAUAUCUGUAUAUAAUAGAUAUAUAUGUGCCUGUGUAUAUAUUUUAUUGUUCAUUCCAUGGGGGAACUUUCUUUACCUUUUAUUAUCGUCCUAUCACCACUUUUAUUUCUCUACCUCCCUCGCCUUCAUAACCUACAUUAUUUUUCCCUAAUGCUACCCAGAGACAUUCAGGUGUUCAUGUAUCUGGUCCAUUUGAAUAUGAAGCAUAGCAAACAAAAUUUUCAUUUUUAUUUUGCACACGCUACUCCUGUCUCAUCUCAUAUACAAUUUUGAGUCCUCAACUCUUGAUACUGCUUUCUUAAGAAACAAAAUUAUUAUAUAUAUAUAUAUAUAUAUAUAUAUAUAUAUGUUUUGUGAGAGUGUGUGUCUGCCCCCUCCUGCUCUGAACUUAAUUUGCUAUUUGUGCAAUGUGUACAUAAGCAGUAGCGACCUAAACCCAUCUUUUCCUUUGGUGAGUUUGUUAAAGCUGCUAUAAAUUUAAAACCUUGUCGGAAGUUAUAACUCUUUCUAUAAGUGAUAAGUAUUCUAAAGCCUCUGUUUCUGUGGGUUAUACAUGAAAACCCCUUAAAGCUUUCAUAAAAACUAAAUAUUUUAAAUGAUUGGACCUCUGUAGGGUUGAGGCCUCUGAAAUUGGGUAGAGCAAGAGAAGGGGUUGUUGAGGAUUUAAAAAAUUUUUUUUCUUUUUGGCUAGUUUACUUGCUGCCUUUCACACCUUAAUGUGAUUUCCAUAUAUAUAUAUUUUUAUAUAUAUGUGUGUGUAUAUAUAAACAUAUAUGUAUGUGUUUUGAAGUAUAGUUUUCUUUCCUUUUAUAUUUAUUAGAUUAGUGCUUUAAUAAUUAGAGAACUGUAUUGGCAACAUCUUUUAUAGAAAUAUAAUCAUGUUUAUUUUAGGGACUGACAACUUGUUUUUGCUUUUAGUGCAAUAAGCAGUUUUAAAGGAAAGCUGUGUCUGUUUGACAUCUUUACCACGGGCAGUGGCAGAAACAGGCACCUCCAUAAUUUUAAAAGGGCAAAGUAAUACAGCCUUAAUUUCAGAAGGAAAGUUUUGUAAUUUUCAACUUUAAAGCAAGCCUUUUAAAAAUCAUGAUGAUAAUGAAGUUAAAUUUCCUAAAUGAGUGACUUUGAAUAUUAGUUAUAAAGUUCAACUUUGAUUUAAGAAAGACGGUAAAUAGCUUAAGAUAUAGAAGAUAUUCAAAUUCUUUGGAAAUCAUGUUUACUGAAGAAUCAAACUGGUUAGAUGCCCAUUUUCAUUUAUUGAAAUGAAUCAGGAAAAUAUGAAAUAAUAUUUUUAAAACAUUUUUUGCUAACUUAUCUCCAGUGUAACUUUCCUUUUAAAAUUAGGGUUAUGGGGACAAAGAAAGUUAGGACGUUCAUCAUUUUAAAUGAGUUAAAUCACUGAAAUGUGGAAAAAAGUUUUACAAAACUUUUGUUUUAUGAUUUCACUUUAAGGUAUUAAAAAGUAUGAUAAAGCUGUCAGAACCAAGUUCAUCAGUAACAUUGGAUUCAGGAGAGCUUUGCACUUUGUAACUCAUGAAAAUUGCAUCUUAAAUUUUUUUUCUUUGCACUGGUUCAGAGUAUAGGUAUUACAGAUUGUUUCCAGUGGGCAUUGUUAACCUUUCAGAAUUGCAUCUGCACAGGAAAACAGAUGGACUAACUCUUUAGUUUCUCUCUGACCUGUUAUCUACUCUUACUGCCAAUUCACUGUAUUUUGAGCCUAAAACUGAGCCCAUGUCCUCCAACAGGUAUGAAAUCUUUUGUCCCUCUGCCAGAAAACUAAGAAAGUACUGUAUUUUGUAUGUUCAUUAUAUUGAAGUGUCUGAAAUGCAAUUUACAACACUGUUUCAAAAGUCUUUACAUGAGGUGAUGUUUGUAUAGUAUAUACAUAUUUUCUCCCAACCCUCCCCUCUCUUCCAAAAAAUUCCUGUAAAGCAUGUUUUGUUUUGUUUUGUUUUUGUUUCACAUUGAAAUUUUCACUGAAUAUAGUCAGGAAUAUAGGCAAAAGAAGGAAAUAGUAUAGCCUGGAUGGAAAAACUUGCUUACUCAGUAUGAAUGAGUAAAGCAUCUUCAACGUAAGUUGCACAAAUUCAUAUGAGAAGUUUUAGGAACCAGGGAAGAACUGUAGAUCCCCUUUCCCUAUUCACUGCUUUAUCUGAUUUUCAGUUACUUAGUUUCACAUGCACUAGAGCAAAAGGGAAAAAACAUUUUUUUUUAAUAUAAAGCUUUACCUUUGAAGUGAGUGCUUUUUUAGCAUUUCUUCUUACAGUUUCAACAUAGCUAGUUUAUGAUUGGUUAACCUGAAAGGAUAUGUAUAGUAUAUUUCUAUUUUCUUUACUAAGAAAUUGGCAUAUCAAACCUAAUUACAAGAAACCUUGUGCUUAGAAUUUUAAGAUAAAAAGCAAAAUGACAAAUACUUUUUGAAAUUUGUUAUUAUUAUGAUUACACUUCUGGUAUAGAAUUCCUGAUCUUUUUUAUUUAAAAGAAGAGGAGGUUGUUUUGUUUUGAAUUUAAUGGUAAUGAAACUCAGCAGUGACUUUUCUGUUCCUGUCCUUACUCACUAAAUUAUACAGUGAAUGCUAAAUUUUGCUCUGCUAUUUUCUAUGAUGUGUAAUAGUGACUUUAAAAUAUCAGUUCCCAGCAACUGGUAUAAUUGUUUUUCAUGUGAAGAAGAGUUGGGAGUUUAAUGUAUAUUCUGGAUGGCAAAUGUGUCUGGGUAAAGUGCUGAUACGUGUUAUUACAGUAUCAAGUUACUGGCAUUGAGGACAUUACAUUUGUAAUAGUGUAGCUGCUAUAUUUAUUUAAUUAAGUAGAGUCUGACAGUUACUGCACUAAAUAAUAAGGAGAUGAGCAGGAUUCAAGGCUAGUGUUAGACUCCCCCCCCAUAUUUUUUUUCCUAAAUGAGGUUAAGAACGUGAAAUUUCAAGGUAACAAAGGGUGCUGCCAUUUUAGUUUCAAUUUAAUAUCAAGAUACUCUCUCUCUGUUUUAGAAAUGUGGAUUUUGACUUUCCCAGUUUUGUAAAAGGGUACCUCAGCCUCCUCAGUACUGGUAUUCAGCAUAUUUUCACAGAAGUACAGAUGCCCUUUAUUCUUUAUUAAUAUUUUAUCUUUAAGAAAUUUCUCAGAAAACAAUAUUCUUCUAUGAAAUUUUUCCCAUUUGUAACCUAUUAAUUAUUUUCCUUCCUAGAAGAGAAUCUAGAAGGGAUUCUGGUAGGAAUGUACUGGGUGUUUUGGAAGGCACUUGAUAAAAAUUCUUCUCUACCUUCUAGCAUAGGGACUCCUAGCCUUCUAAAGACCUAUACUAGUUUUCCAAACUAGGUUCUCCAAUGACCCAGCACUGCCUGUUGUUUACUUGUAUACUCUCUAAUGGAUUUUAGUAUGACACACCUCAUGACAGACUCAAGGGAAAUAAAGUCCAAGUCGCCAUUCAGUAGAAUAGGCUGGCGGAGGAUCUUAGUGUUUAAGGAAAAUGUGAACGCUCAGAAUGCCAGUCCUAUAUCUGAAGUAAUUAGAGGAAUUAUAGGUCAGGAAUUAGACAACUUUAUUCCAGGAAUUUGGUGGUGGUUUUCAGAGGCUUAACAUGAAUUUGCCAAGGGUGAUGAUUUUUGAGAAAUCCAUGAAGCUAGCCACUUGGAUUCAGCUAGAAUAUUUUGUAGUCUUGCCAUUUCAAACUUGAUAGAAAUGUUUUGCCAAGAAGCUUAACUGACAACUCUGCAUAAUUUUUAUUCAGUAUAAUUAAACCCGAGUUAAAUAUUUAACUCAUCCUCUUGGAUGUUCUCCUGUUGAAUACUCUUAAAGAUGGUUUGACCCCAGUAGUAAUUUGCUGUUGAAACUACCUUUUAUGAGUUAUCAGUCAAGCUGCAAAAAGAUGUCAUUAACCCGGCAUUGGCAUCUUUAUUUUGGCUUUUUUAUCAUAUGAAGUUUUAAUCCUUUUCAUUCUUUCUGAGAAUCAUGGAUGUUUUAAACCUUCAACAACAACAAUAAUAAUUAUAAGUUUAUAUCAAGUGAGGCCUUCUAAGUGGUGGUAUAACCCUGACUCUGGAGUCUGUCUUUAUUUUCCUGUUUUGUCCCGUUUGAUCAUAUAAAGCACUUUUGUGAUUCUGUAGGAGUCAAAAAAUAAGCCAAAAAUAGAUGUAUAAAAUCAGUACAGAAAUGUGAAAGUAAGAAUUUUCUCCAAAAAAAAAUCAUUUUAGAAAAAAAUUCCUGCUUAUUAUACUAAGAACAUUCUUGAUCACUGGCAAUGUUAGAAAUGACAAUGUGAUUAGUGAAAGCUAAGCUGACUCCAAGGGAAAAAAAUCUAUUUUCUCCACAUACACCCUGCCAAUACAUAUAUCUCACAAAAGGAAAAAAUGUUUUUUACUUUUUCUUCCUUUUAAAAACGGUACAUUUCAGUUUAUAAUAUUCCAUGUUGGUCAAAUAAUUUGUUUUAAGAUAUAAUGGUCAAGGCUUGUGCUACUAUUAUCUACUGCUAGUUAAAUUUUAUUUUUCUUGACUCAUCAAAGAUAAUGUACUAUAGAUUUUUAUGCUGUUAAUUAAACCUUAGGAAUCUGGCUCUUAAAAUAUGGAAGUUAAAAUAUUUUAAUUUGAAUUAAAGCUAGAUGGUAAAUUUAAUAUGGAGUGUUGAGAUUUACCAAUGAGAAACCCUGUUGAAGUAUCAGGUAACAAACAGUGUAACAAAACUAAGAUCCUGUCUAAAUCUAUCCAGUCAUUGAUCUCCCUUUCUUUUUGAAAUCAAAGUCUGAGGUAACCAAAAUCUAAUGCUGUACUUCUGUUAGGGUCUCAAUAAAGCAAAGAUGUUCUUCAGGGUAGAUGCUGAAUCAAAUUUUUUAAUCAUUUUUUUUAAAGCAAGGCGGUUCUUAGAAAGUGCCUUUUCAGAAGAUGGUGCUGUAGAUUUUUAUUUUUCAAGUAUCACAAGGCUAAAAAUUUUAAAGAUAAAUUAUUUUAGAACUCCAAGAAUAUGACAGUUUCAUAUAAAUAAUGUUAUUCAUUGUCCUGAAUCCAGUCCAAGGGAAUCAAGUAAAGCUUUUAUUCAGUAAAGUAUCUAGUAAAUGCCCACCAAAUGUAUUUUGUAAGUUUGAAAACAAAAUUUUUUAACAAUUAGCUCUUUUGGUUCUCAGCUGUGUUGAGGUAAUCUAUAAGGCACAUAAAACAACAAAUCUGCUUAACUUUUUAACAAGAACAUAGGUAUCGUAGCAAGUGCCCAACGGGAAGGGUAACUUGCCAAGAAUUGUAUGUCAUAGGCUACCUUUCCUUUUUUUUAUUUAAUUUCCAGCAUAGAUUGUCCCUUCUGUAAAUAUCUAUUGGCAACCUUUUCUAGUUAAUCUUUAUUAAAGAAGACUGCUUAUAAAGGAAAGCCUAGUCAUCAUGGAAAUCAGUUUAAGAGAAAAAUUGAAUUAUUAUGUCUCUAUCUUUAGGGAGACUGUCUUUUUUAGGCAAUAAAUAUUUUAAGUGAUUCCCUCUUUUUUCUAGCAUGGGGGAGCAACAAAAAAUGAUGACAGUGCAUCUAAAAGGGUAUUAUCAGUUAAUUAGAAACAGAACUUGCAAAACUGGGCUUUGGAGGAAACAAAAGGAAGGAUAAUAGCAGGACCAUUCUUACUUACUAGGAGUUUAUUAAUCUACCAUAAAGCAAGUUUCCCCUGGACUAGAAGGAGUAAACAGCAGUAAGUGAUCACCUAGCCAGUUCUUGCUUGUGAAUUUAGUGAGCAUUCCUCCAGAAAAGAACAGACUAAAAACAAAUAAAAACAUCACACCUCAGUAACCUUGUAUGCUGCAUUAUGUAUUAAUGAUAGUAAAAUUAUAUCAAUUGUUUGGAGUAUACUGUGUCUAUUUGCAAAUAUUCGUGCACAUUAAACUUUUUCAUUUUUUUAUAAUGUCAAUAGCAAUUAUGAGUUUAUUUUUUUAAUAUUAAUUUUUCUACUGUGAUGUUUGUAUUUAUUGGCUAUUUGUGUGCAACUUUUAUAUUUUGCGUAGAUGUUGGUUUUAAGGUAUUUUAUUUUUAUAGAUAUUUCAAGCUUUUCUUCUUUCUUUAUAAUAUUAGCAAAGAUUACAAUGGAAUGUUAAUAUACCAACCAAACUACUAACUCCAGUAAGUCUAGAGUUUGGAUUUUUACCAAUAAACCAUUAACACUAUUUUCUAACUUAGAAUAUUUAAUGUUGUUUAUAUAGUGGACAUUAAAGACAGUCUUUAGACAGAUUUCUAAAUUUGGAGGGUAGGCAGGGCUUUUCUGUAAGUUAGAUUUCUUUCCCUUAAGUAGCAAACUAACAGAUUGGAUUUAUUUUACCUGAUCCACAGUUUGGAGGCAACUUGUCAAAUAAAUGAUUGUUACGUUUCUUUUUUUUAACUUAAGCUACAUUGAAACUACUUAUAUGAUCAUAGCAUCCAGCAUUAGGAUUAUGACACCAUUUUUAUAGGCCUGGAAAACAAAUAGCAAAUGAUACAGAAGUCACCGAUAAUUGACUUUUAAAUGGGAUUUCCCACCCUCCAAUAAUAUAUGGAAGAUUUGCUAUCCUGAUCUUUUUUCCCUAGCAUACUUUUAAAGUUUAUUCAAUCCUGAUCAUCGGUGAGGAAACAGAGUUUAAGUGGCUAGAUAGAGCCAGGGAUAAAGACUGAUUAAUAUAAUACCUGAGUUAAUUAAAACUUUAAGUAAUAAUAAUUUAUGAAUAUGAAUUAAUUGGAAGGCAGUGAAAAAUAUGAUUGUAGAAUAUUAAUUUCAAGCAUAUGUGGUCACUCCAAUUCCCUAGUGAAUCAAGGCUGUUUGUAUUGGCACAGUUUAUAAAAGUAGGUAAGAAGAGUGAAUUCUAUUUAAGUAGGUAAUAUGUUUGCAUUGUAUUUUUAUACUGUGAAUUUGCUUAGUAAGCCAUUUUUUUCUGUAAGAGAUUGAAAGAUAAACUUAUCCAUAUCUGAGUUUUAAAUUCUAAAUUAUGGGGGCCCAAUAUUUGACAUUUUACUGUGCUAUUCUUCCACUGAGAGGAGUAAAUGAGAAAGUUUCAAGUAGUUAUAGUUGGGAAAAUGUUAUUUUUAUGUUAUAUAAAAUAGUACAAUUUAAAGUGAGUCUGCAUGUGGUUUCAUGUAGACAUUAGCCAUAUCAUCUCUUUCUGCAUUACAGCAAUUUUUUCUAUAAUACACUAUUCUGAACUACUUCCUUCACCCCCACAUAAAGUAUUAAUUAAAGAUUGGUACUCUGAUUAUAGGAUUUGUUGCUACCAAACAUGUUUCAAACAGACAGAUAUAUUUUUGUUGAACGUAUAUGCCCCCCUCUUAAGGAUAUUUAUUGUCCUUACAACUUUAGUAAUUGUAUUCAUUAUGUUUCAACAUUGUCCUAGGUUGACAGGCAUAUAAUUCUUGUAGACCAACGUGUACAGGGAAGCCUGAAGGAGAAAUAGUCCCUUAUUUUCUUUUUUUCCUUCUAAAAACUCAUAGGAACCUGACACAGAGCUUACUUUGCUCUUUUAACUGGUUGGCUCCAUAAAUCAAGGUACCUGACAUCAGUACUGAAUUACCAGAGUGAAGUACUUGGUGACCUGUUCGUGUUUGUAAUGCACCUCUUAAGAAAAAGAUGUUUGUACAGUAAGUAAUAGCCAUCCCAAAGAAAGAACUGUCACGAACAGUCUUACAUGAAUAGAAACAAAUGGGAGCACUGGUCAUUAAAACUUUUCUCUUUUUUUUUGGCAGGGUGGAGGGAGUAUUAUUAUUUCCAAAGACUCUGCACACCUGUAAUUUUAUGAUUGAAGUUAAAGAGGCAGUGCUAGAAACCAGAGAAAGGGAGGUUGCGUGGGCCUUUCACGCCUAAAAUUUUCCAUCGUUAUCGAUUCAUAGUUUUAGUUGUAAGAACAAACAAAAAUCCCUUAAUUUGGCCCUUCAAUACGAUUUUAGAACCAAAACAGGGAAGGACUCUUCUGCAAAAAUGCUGUAGAUGUGACUGUAUUAUAAGAACCCAUGGAAACAUGAAGUCUUUGUAACGCAAUGGACGAGUGGGUCUGUGAAAGCAUGUGGCAAGGGGGGAAAUGAGGAAAUGUUUCUUUGCUGGACUCCUUGGACAGAAACCUCACAGUUGUUUAGUAUUUGUCUAGUUCUCAUACCCACAUUGUAAAAAAAAGACUGUUGUUCUUUGAACCUACAGAAGAGACCUAAGAGUACCUCUGUAACCUAUGUUGUCUCAGACCUUGUAGCUGCAUCUGUUCUUGUUAGAGAAAGUCCUUGAAGUUGCUUCUGAAUGAUAAUAAAGAAAUUAAAUGAAGGAUUUAUCUUUAAAUAGAGCCACGGCAUUGCUAUCAGUAUGGCUUCUUCCUUUUCAUAGAAAACACCAAGCAGGGUAUUUCCAGACAAAGUGGCAAAGAAACUGCUUUUGGUGAAGGAGUUGUAAUGCAGGGGGGAUUUCACCUAACAGAUAGUUCAACCAAGAUAAUAGAUGCAAUUUGGCCCCAAGGAGUUUAACGAGAGGCAGCUUAGGUUUUGGUAGCGACAGACUUGGCCCCGCACUGGUCAUGAAGUGCAGAUAUCCCCGUGCCACUCAAAGGGAAUGCUCUCACGGUGCUGGUGACGCCCCUGCAAAAGCUAACUGACACCUUCUAAUAGUUUGCCCAUCCAAGAUUCUUCAGAGUUUUCCAGGAGCUUUCUCAUUUCCUAGCCCAGGGUACAAACCCUUUCUCUUUAGAAAAAGGAUUUAGAGGCAGUUUCAAUAGAAUUUUACUCUGAGUAAAUAAUAGUCUUUAAAGUACUUGGGGCAGGAGAUUCAAAUGCCACAAGUUGUAGCUCGAUUGAGAGACUAUUUGAGCACCCUGUUUGGGUUCUAAAGUGUUUCCUUUGACAUACUAUCCUUUGGUUUACUGGAGUGUCAUCAUUUUGUUUUGUUAUACAAUCAGUGUUUUAUGCCAUUUAGGAAUGGUGCAGUUCUCUCCCCACCCCACCCCACCCCACCCCACACACACAUGUGCUGUUAGAAAUAAGAGGCGGAGGGAUAAAUGAGCUACAAUGAGAAUCAUUAGAAUGUAAUUUCAGUUACUCUAGAUGGAAAGAAAUCCUAACUUAGCUGAGUGCGAAUUAAGAUUGAAGUGUUCGUGUCUCAGGUAUUAUCUCCAGGCAGAGAACGUUUGGCUCACUGUAUAGUGAUAAUAAGAACAGAAUAUAUAUCUGAAGUAUUAUGUUAUAGCAAAGUGAUAAAGGAAAACUAUUCUUAAAAGUAAUGUUUCAACCUUCUGCAACAGAGAUCCCCAUAUUCUUAAGGAAAAUCAAUGUUUCUGAUUUUAAUGAGUCAGAGUCUGAUUUAAAUUUUUUAAAGUUUGUGACUUUUAUUCUGACAUGUCUUCUUAAAUAUAUAAAAAUUACAUCAAAUGAAUUCUUUCCUCUUCCUUUACAUACUGAUAUAUUCAGACUUCAGUUAUAUAGAUAUAUCAGUCACAUAUGCCUCUUAGUGUGUGCAGAAUUCUAUAGUAAAAAUUUUUUUAUUCAAUCCAUUUAUUGGUCAAGUCUGAGCUGUAAAGGAGAAAGCAUAAGGUGUUUUCAAAUGCAGGAACUUUUAGAAGAUCACAGCUGGAAAAAGACCAUUGAGAACAUGUUGCCUUUUAGAGUAGAAAGAGCUCUAAAAUGUGAGCCAGGGACUUGGGAUUUAGGCAGAGCUCUACCACUAAUUUGCUCUGUGCCCUUGGGCAAUCACCUUAAUCUUUCUGUGCCUGCUUUCUCCUCAUGAAAUGGUAGUGAUAAUAUACUGCCCUCACCUACCUCACAAAACUGUUGCAAGAAUAGGAAGGAUGAUGUUUGUGACAGUGCUCAAGUUCUCCAAAAGAAAAGCUACUCAGAACUACAAGAUAAUAGAAUCUUGUUGUAAGAAGAGUUUAUUUCCAGUUUGCCUCUGUUCUUCAGUUAUCAUAGAUCAUUUUAUCAAACAAGGAUAAGAGAACCUUAGCCCUUAUCCCAGUAUGGUGUUGGACUUAGAAAGGUACCCUGUUCUGCUUUUCCCCUGCCAGAUAUCCAACACAUGCGCUGAAUGUUUCUUUAUGAUAAUCCUUGGCAAGAGAAUAACUUCAGUAGCCAAACUCCCUUUAGUGGUGCUAUGGCAGCUGCCAUUGUAUUUUGAGUUAAUGUGGCAAAAACAUCAGAUUAAUCAGAAAUUAAUUCUGCCCUUUGCCUUCAGGCAUUUUUGCUACAUGUUGGCAUCCCAGGUUGUUGUAAGGCCAGUUAUCCCUUUGUUUCUUGGCAGAUCUUUGGUACCUCUGUUGGCAUAAGGAUUUGGUUUUAAGAAAGAUAGUAUGCCUAUUUCAUAAUUUUGAAGAGCUCAGCCUUGCUUUCCAAACACCAUAUACCUGUAAAAGUUAAAAUAUAGUAAAUGUUUUUUUUUCCUUCAUUUUGAUUCAAUUCUGAGUAUUUGCAGGUGAUACCAGACAGCCUGUGGUUAGUGUCUGACCCAGUUAUCUUUAUGGAUCUUGGACAGAACCUUACAUUUCAACAGGCCUACCCAUUUCCCUGGGGAAGGGGCUCCUGUUUCUAGGAAAUAACUAAGGGCAUAUCGCCACGGAAUGUAAGCAAUUCCGUGUAGCAACAGACAAGUUUUUUAUUGAUGUUGUUUUACAAAGAAAGGAUGCAUUUUAGAUACACAGGGUAUGGCUACAUUCAACACUUAUUUUUCAUCUCUAUAGCUGCUGACCUCCCCUUGUUGCAGGCAGUUGGGGCUUUUUCCAGCUCAUCACUAACAUAGGUGGUAUCUGUCUUAGUUUUAUAGGAUAAUAAGAAUUGCAAGUACUGAAAAUGAAAAAUUGGGGAGAUUCAUGCUUGGAAAAUGAACAAAAAAAUCCACCUUGCUAAGUGAGGUAGCUAAGACCAUUGAUAUGUCAGGAAUACUUUUAAACAAUUUUUGCUGUAAUAUGUAGCUUUAAGGUUUCUCUUCAUUUAUGGACCCAUAAAAGUAUUACUAUAUCUUGUGAAUAAAGACCUUUCUUGUGGACUAGUAUCUGAAUGCAUUUAUAGGCAGUGGGAAGAGGUGUGUGUGUGCGUGUAUGUAUAAAUAUUCCAUGUUUAGAACACUAUUACAUAAGCUUGUAUAGAAAAAAUCAUGUGUCUCUUUAGUGUUUGGGGGACUAAAAUUGUAAUAUAACCAUUCUAGUGUAAUCUGACCACUCACCCAAGAGAACAUUUAUAUUACACACAAAUGCACACCCCUAAAGCAUUGCUAACCACUCCCACUCUAGAUAAUUGCUGCUUUUUCUAAAACCCUAAGUAAUGGAGGAGGAAAUAGUACUCUUUUUAAAGAGGCUUUUCCAAAAAGUAAAAUGUAAAUAUAGGACAUGUGGGGAGGGUGGGACCACCUGCUAAUGUCCUACAGAUGGGCAAAUAGCCUUUUAAAUUUUACUUUUUAACCAUCUCAACCGUGCGUGCCUAUUUGUAUUGCAGAUGUGAACUAUUUUUGGGGGUUGAUAUCAGUAUGUUUUGAAACUGAAUUAUUACAUAAAAUCAGAGUAACCUCUUUCUCCAUCCUCCUUUUCCACACUAACUAUUCUUGCCAAAUAUUUUUACUGAUACCCAGUGUCAGCAUAAUAAAAUGAUGAAACCUCCUUCCUCAUCUUCCCUGCCCUGUCUUAUACAUGGCCUACCCUUAUAUUUUUUUGUUGGCUUUUCAUUAGUAAGAACAAUUUACUGUAGUAAUUUAAAGACUGCAUAAUUUCAAAAUAUUUAUCUGUAAGCCUUCCUUUGUUAAUUUUGGUUACACAGCAACAUCAGGUGAAACAGUGGAUAUGAGUUUGUAACACGCUAUAUAGGUUUCUCUUCAUAAGAUCCUGAGUGAUACUGUUAGAUUGCCACAUUUUAUUAAGAAGAAAUUGGAACUUUAUAUGGUGGGGACGGGAGCAAGUCUGUGAUACACAAGUAAUCAUUGUAUAAUUAGAAACACCAAAUGCUGAAUCCUAUCACUGCGUACUUGGGGGCCAGGCUUUGGAUUUGGUUAUUUUAAUUCCUUGAAGAUUAUGUGUAAUUAUGAUGAGCAGAAGGCAAAUAAAGAUUUUGAACAAAAGUUCUUUUUCUUGGUA